AUGUCUGGAACUGGAGAGCAUCUCAAAGAUGAGGGUACCAAAACCCAGGUAGUUAUUGCGGGAGCGACAGCUGGGCUCAUUGCUAGAUUUGUGAUUGCCCCUCUCGAUGUUGUCAAGAUUCGUCUUCAAUUGCAGACGCAUUCGCUCACCAAGCCUCCUUCACCUGGGGCCCUGACCACUUCCCCGAAAUACAGAGGAACAGUUUCCACCCUCAAGCAGAUAUUUCGAGAGGAGGGAAUCACAGGAUUAUGGAAGGGAAACAUCCCGGCAGAGCUGAUGUACGUGUCGUACAGUGCUAUUCAAUUUACGGCGUAUCGAUCAAUCACACUUGCUCUGCAGAAGACCGUUGGAGAGAAUAAAUUGCCGUCUGCUGUAGAAAGCUUCAUUGCUGGUGCCAGUGCAGGUGCUGUCGCGACCACCGCGACAUAUCCUCUCGACCUUCUCCGCACACGAUUUGCUGCCCAGGGAACAGAGAAGAUCUACAGCUCAUUGCUAUCGUCAAUUCAAGAUAUUGCUAAGCACGAAGGUCCCCGCGGCUUCUUUCAAGGGCUUGGUGCUGGUAUUGGUCAGAUUAUUCCCUACAUGGGAAUAUUUUUUGCUACUUAUGAGUCGUUGCGCCUUCCAAUGGGCACUUUACAUUUGCCUUUUGGAUCCGGCGAUGCUUCUGCGGGAGUGAUUGCUUCCAUUAUCGCCAAAACAUCAGUCUUCCCACUCGAUCUCAUACGGAAGCGUCUGCAAGUGCAGGGACCGACGCGAGCAAAGUACUUUCAUAAGGCAAUACCCGCGUAUAAAGGUGUAUCUAGGACCAUGCAACAUAUUGUAAGAGAAGAAGGCGUACGGGGUCUCUAUCGAGGAUUGACCGUAAGUCUCGUCAAGGCAGCUCCAGCGAGUGCGGUGACCAUGUGGACCUACGAACGAGUACUCCGGGCAUUACUCAAGCUUGAAAGCAAUUCCAGUGUUGUGUUAUAG